GGACAAACAGUAGAAAUAAAUAAACCCAAAGUGAGGGUUCACGAAAUUCCUGCGUUUGGGCUUUGGUUUCGCUGCUUGCCAUGUCUCUGUAGAUUGGCAUCGCCCUGGAUUUUCAGGCUCUUCUCCCUCUACUCUCUGUUUCAAAACUCACGACCCACGACUUAGUGCGCAAGGUGCUUUGAUAGACAUCAAAGAGGUUCCUUUGUUGUCAAUGCGAUGGCCUAUGAAAUAGAAGAACAAAAGAAAGUUGGUUUAGGUCUCAUUGGCUUUGGCAUCUUCUUCUCUGUUCUGGGGAUUAUUCUUUUCUUCGAUAGGGGUUUACUUGCUUUGGGAAAUAUACUUUGGUUGGCAGGAGUAUCCCUUCUACUAGGUUGGCGUUCUACAUUGCAAUUAUUCACUAGCAGAUCAAACUACAAGGGCUCUCUAUCAUUUUUUCUUGGUCUCUUCUUCAUAUUUGUUCGUUGGCCAGUAGUUGGUAUAAUCUUGGAGAUAUUUGGUUGUGUGUUUAUCUUUGGUGGUUUUUGGCCAUCUGUGAAGGUUUUUCUCUUUCAAAUUCCAAUAAUUGGAUGGGUUCUACAGUAUCCUGUUCUGCUUCUUGAUCGUCUCAAGAGCUUUGGCUAAUCCAGCUGCUCAACUGAAUUGGAUCCCAAAGGCUGAUUAAACCCCCCAGAUAUUACCCAUACUGACUGAUCUAACAUCUCUGGGCAUUGUGACCCAUUUCCCCUUUCUUUUCUUUUUCUCAUAUCAUAUUGAGAAAUUCUUAGAAACACUAUAAAUUUUUUAUUUAUCACAAUAUUACAUUUUCUAAACAGUUUAACGAACUGCUACAAAUCACAUUGUUCCUCGUUAAAAAGAGGGUUCCAGCCGGAAUUCACACAAUGGAACUCACUACUGGUCUGGUAUAGCAUGAUCGUAGGGCACUGUUGAUUAAUAAAAAAUUGUGAGGAAUUUGUUAUUGGGAGUAA